UAGCUGUAAACAACAAGAUUAACAACCAUGGUGCUGUCAAUGGAGCGUUGGAAGGGCAAAGUGGCCAUUGUGACUGGUGCCAGUGUAGGAAUUGGUGCUUCCAUCGUUGAAAAACUGGUAGAAGCAGGUCUACAGGUAGUAGGUCUCGCUCGACGAUCCGAGCAGGUCGAAGAAAACGCAAAAAAGCUUGCAGGCAAAUCGGGUAAACUCCAUGCUUUCAAAGCCGACAUUUCCAAAGAAGAAGACAUCCUUAAAGCCUUCAAAUGGGUAACCGAAAACUUAGGUCCUCUCCACAUUCUCGUCAACAACGCUGGUGUCGUCCAGCAGACCAACCUAGUUGAAGGAGACACAGAAAAAUGGAAGAAAAUUUUCGAUACUAACGUCAUCGGUUUGUCGAUAGCAACAAGAGAAGCAGUGAAAAUCAUGAAAGAAAACAAAAUCGACGGUCACAUUGUCCACAUCAACAGCACAUUGGGUCACAAAAUCGUGUAUCAGCCGUUUUCAAAUGUAUACCCGGCGUCAAAGCACGCCGUUACUGCCUUAACUGAAACUCUUAGGCAAGAGUUGAACCACGUCGGACUUAAGAUCAAAAUUUCGAGUGUUAGUCCCGGAGUAACGGCGUCGGAACUUGCCAAAACUAAUAAUAUUGUUUUCGAUGAAAAAGUGCAGAAAGCGCGUAAAAAUUGGGUUCGACUUAAUGUGGAAGAUAUUGCUAAUGGUGUGAUGUAUGUUUUGUCUACGCCACCACACGUUCAGGUGCAUGAGCUGAUAAUUAAGCCACUUGGAGAAGCUUUCUAGAUAUUUAAUUUAUGUUAAAGUGUUGAUUCAUUAUUGUGACCA